AUGAGGGUAGAAGUCAAGGCCAGGAUGAUGGAGGAACUGAAGGCCAGAGCUUUGCACGAGGCCCUGGGAAGCGUCAGGGAGAUUGCCCUGGCUGAAGCCCACCAGGCGGCUCUGGCCGAGGCCAAAGAACGGGCAUUGCUCAGGGCCCAAAAGAAGGCCCUGGCGGAAGCUUGGGAGAAGGUGCUGGUGGAAGCCCAGCAGACGGUGAUGGAGGAGGCGAUGGAGAGGGCGCUGGAGGAGGCGAAAAAGAUCGUCCAGGCCGAGGGACUGGAGGGGGACGUGGCGGAGGAAAGGCUGCAGGAACUGGUGCCGGUAAUAGCUGAGCAACUGGCCAAGGAAAGAGCCUUGGAGUUGGCCAUGUCGGCCAAAGUAGAGGUGGACGAGGCCAGAGUUCUGGAGCUGGCGGAGGAAGAGCCGAUAGAAAUAGACGAGGCGAGACUUCUGGAAUUGGCUGAAGAAAGAGCCCAAGAACUGGCUGAGAUCAGGGCCCGGGAACUGGCUGAAGCCGCCAUGCUGGAGAUGCCAGAGGAAAGGCUCCUGGAGCUGGUGGAGGUAAGAGCCCAGCUGCUGGCCCAGGCAAAGCUAAUGGAGACGCAGCUGGAGCAGGAAGAGGAGGAGUGGGCCGAGAAAAGGGCCCCCUUCUUUGAUAAAGAGAAGGUGGGCUUCCCGGAGACCGUGGACGAUGAGAGCAUUUGGCUCCUCUCCGACGAUGAAAGAGAAGCUUUGGUGACCCUGUGGGAGAUGGGCCAGGCUCCGGAGGCCGAGGCUGAGCCGACCGAGCAGGCCCAGCUGCUCCUGGAACUCCUGACUCAGCCAGAAAAGCUGCAGAGGAGGGAUUCCGCCGCCUUCCAGACCCUCUUCCGCCUGGUGUCCCUGGUCGAGGUCCCCUCAACGGCACGCCUGCAGGAGACGGCUGAUGCUGUGCUCCAAAAAGCCGAGGACCUGCUCAAGGAGGCUGAGCAGAGGCAGGAGCCCUUGUCAGAAGAACAGCAGUCUGUGCUCGGGCAGCUCAGGGAGGUGGUGGAGGCCCACAAGCCCUGGAAUGCCAGCCCCAGGCAAUAUGGCGCCCGGAUGAAGAAGCUCUUCAAGUCCGUCCAGGCUGUGCUGCGGGCCAGGAACCUAAAGCAGCGGCUGACCAACAAUGCCUGGCUGCAGGCUUGGCAGCAGAAGGCGGAGAAGGAGGGCCGGGAAGAGCGCCGGAAGGAGGGCCGGGAGGAGCGCUGGGAGGUGGGCCGGGAAGAGCGUCAGGAGGAGCGCCGGAAGGAGGGCCGGGAAGAGCGCCCGGAGGAGCGCUGGGAGGAGGGCCGGGAAGAGCGUCAGGAGGAGCGCCGGAAGGAGGGCCGGGAGGAGCGCCUGGAGGAGCGCUGGAAGGAGGGCCGGGAGGAGCGCUGGGAGGAGGGCCGGGAAGAGCGCUGGAAGGAGGGCCGGAAGGAGCGCUGGGAGGAGGGCCGGGAAGAGCGUCAGGAGGAGCGCCAGGGGAAGCGCCAGGAACAGCGUUGGGAGGAGCGCCGGAAGAAAGACCGGAGGGCCUGGCUGAAGAAGAACCUCAGGCAGGCCUUUGGGAAGUUCCAGGCCGAGCAUGAAAGGGCUCAGCGGGCAAAACAGGAGCAGCUGCACAGGGAGAGGUGCCUCAAGUUCAGAUCACGGCCCAUUGUGCUGGGCUUCGCGGAAGGGGAAGCGGGGGCGAAGGGCCGGGCAGAGGAGUGGAGGGGAGAGGGCCCAGAGGCAGACAGGUGGCCGGGCGGGCAGAAGUCAUCCCUGAGGAAGCAGGUGGCAGCGAGGGACCACGGGAAGCUGACGUGGUCCCUGGGCCAGCAGUGGGAGAAGGCCUGGCAUGCCUUCCUGCAGAUGGAGAAGCUGAGCCCGGCCCUGGGCACCCCGCAGCCAACGGGGUACCGCCUGCCCAAAGACUCUCUGUACAAGACGACCAAGCCCACCAGGCGCCUCCAUCGGAAGAUGCUCCGGCGGGGCGGCCGGCAACACAUCUUCCGCCUGGACGAGACCAGUGCGGUGGACUGGGAGGCCUUCAUGGGCCUCUACGUCUCCGUCGCCUCCAUGAAGGAGGAGGGAGUGGCGCCUGCCAGGUGGCAGAAGCAGGCGGCCACGCUGCUCGACCUCUACGGCGUGAGCAACCCGCUGGUGCGGGCCAUGAUCCAGCAGCUGCUGAUGGGCGACCAUCGUCAGCGCAGGUACGUGCCCAGCAGCUGCUUGAGACUGAAGAGGCAACAGGCCGACCUGGGCCAGCGGAUCCUCUACGAGAUGAUCGUCCACUCCGCCCAGCUUCGGCCCCCACAGCCGGUCUUCCACCACGUCAUCCCGCUCAGCUACCAGAACAACGUGCAGCCCUUCAAGAUGCAGGGCACCACCCACUUUGGCCCCCUCUCCCUCAAGUGGAAAACCUUCUUCCCCAGGGGGAAGCUGCCCAGGCUGAGCCUCUACGUGUAUUCACACCCCUCCUCCUCCUCCUAG